AUGUACAACAAGAAAGUGGAAACUCGCGAGCACAGCGGCCCUCGAAUUAGUGAUUACCAAGUCCUAGAAGAAAUCGGGCGGGGAUCUUUCGGAAGCGUUCGGAAAUUGGUACAUUUGCCAACCAACAAGGUCUUGGUGCGCAAGGAAAUUCAAUAUGGGCACAUGAACUCCAAAGAACGGCAACAGUUGAUUUCAGAAUGUGCAAUACUGAGUCAAUUGAAACACGAAAACAUUGUUGAGUUCUACGAGUGGGACUCUGACAAGAACGUGCUGUACUUCUACAUGGAAUACUGCAGUAAUGGUGACCUCUCCCAGAUGAUUAGCCACUUCAAAAGAGAGCGCAAGUAUAUUCCUGAAAAGAUCGUGUGGAGCAUUAUGGUUCAAAUUCUUUCAGCCUUGUAUCGGUGUCACUACGGCACAGAUUUGGCCCCUCUUGACACGAUACAUGACAAAAUGAAAGUUCCUGUUAAGGGCCCUAACGUAGUCAUCCAUAGGGAUUUGAAGCCAGGAAACAUAUUUUUAAGCACAGAAAGAGUGCCUGAUCCGGCAAUGGCAUCUCAGACUUUAGAUUACAACAAAGUAUCCGUUAAACUAGGCGAUUUUGGCCUUGCUAAAUCUCUCGGGUCCAGUGUGGAGUUUGCAACCACCUACGUAGGCACACCAUACUAUAUGUCCCCCGAGGUAUUGAUGGAUCAGCCCUACUCACCCUUAAGUGACAUUUGGUCGUUCGGCUGCGUCAUAUACGAAAUGUGUACUCUUCGUCCACCCUUUCAGGCAAAGACCUAUACUGACCUACAAAGACGUAUUCAGGCGGGUAAAUUUGAUCGAAUUCCAGACUACUACUCAAACGAAUUACAAAUACUGAUUGAUUCUUGCAUAAAUCCAGAUUUGCAAUCCCGAGCAUCCACCUAUUCUUUGCUCCAGAAUAUUCAGUUACGAGUUGCUAGAAAGUCGCUGCAGUUGGAAAGAUUUGAGGACAAUCUUUUAGACUACGAAAAGGAGCUUAUGAACAUCGGCGACAUACUAGAGCGGCAAGCGGGUGAGUAUGAAGCCGAAAUGGCGGUAAUAAAAUAUCAGUAUCGAAAAGAGUUUGAUCUUGCUGUAGAGCAGCGAGUUCGAGAAAUCAUGAAUGGCAAAAAAGUUAGCGGCACACCUGAACUAAUGACGGGUAAAAAUCACUUGCAUAGGCCCGACUACCAUUGGCGUGUCAAAGGGAGAUGA